AUGUUGCUCACCCUGCCUCUGGUGCUCCUUUGGGGCCUCGCGGCCGCAAGGCCCAAUAUCCUCUUCAUCCUCACUGAUGACCAAGGAAAAUACAUGGGAGGAAUGGAUCAUAUGCCUCGUCUGCAGGAACUCAUCGUCAAAAAAGGCACAUCAUAUGAAAGCCAUUUCUGCUCCACGGCCGUCUGCUGCCCAUCUCGGGCUAACAUCUGGACGGGCAAGAUGCCGCACAACACCAACAUCACCGACGUGGGCAUGCCAUACGGAGGCUACCAACGAGUAGUCGAAGCAGGGUGGAACGACAACUACCUGCCUAUCUGGAUGCAGGAGGCCGGCUACGCAUCGUACUAUGUCGGCAAACUCUGGAACGCCCACACCCCGGACAACUACAACAAGCCCUAUGCGAAGGGGUUCAAUGGGUCCGAGUUCUUGCUCGACCCAUUUACCUACCGCUACUGGUUCCCCAAGCUCACCCGGAAUGGAAACCCGCCGGUCGACUAUAGUGGGAACUACUCGACUGACCUGCUUACGCAGAAGGCGCUUGGGUUCCUCGAUGAUGCCUUGGAGACGCCUGACCAGCCCUGGAUGUUGACGGUUGCGCCGAAUGCGCCGCAUUCGAACGGCUCGAAUACGGCUGAUGGUGUGCAUUGGUUUGGGGACCCUGAGUACCCGGACCGUUACGCGGAUUUGUUCAAGGACUACAAGAUCCCCAGAGACAAGAGCUUCAACACUGCCAUUGAAGGCGCGGUUAGCUGGGUCAAGGAUCUGAAACCGCUGGGUCCGAAGCAGGUUGACUACAUUGACGAAUACCAACGCCGCCGACUGCGUGCUCUGCAGCCAGUGGAUGAGAUGAUCGACAAGCUCAUCUCUAGACUGGAUAAGGCUGGGGUUCUUGAGAAUACGUAUGUCGUCUUUUCCACCGACAAUGGGUACCAUGUGGGACAGCAUGCUAUGCAGCCGGGGAAGAACUGCGGAUAUGACACGGAUACAAACGUCCCCUUGGUCAUUCGAGGACCCGGCAUCGAAGAGGGUGCUACCGUAGACGUUGUCACAAGUCAUACCGACCUUGCCCCGACGUUCCUUUCUAUUGCUGGGGCCUCAGGACGAAAGGGCCUGGAUGGAAAGUCCGUCCUUAACCUGGACACAGCAGCAAAAAACAAGACAGAGCACGCUGCGAUUGAAUACUGGGGCUGGGCCGUCCCAGAGGGUAUCUACGGAUACAUCAGCAACCAGACCGACCAGGCUGAUAACGCGUACAACGGCAACACCUACAAGGGCUUGCGUUUAGUCUCGGACGACUACAGCUUCUACUAUGCAGUAUACUGUAAUAACGAAAGAGAGUUCUACGACCUCAAGGCCGACCCCCGCCAAACAAUCAACCUGGCCGCACAGCCGGCCAAACACCAGGACUACAAAAUCGCCAACAGGCCACUGCAGCAGGUCUUCCAACGCGCAAACGCCCUCAUGAUGGUCCUGAAAUCAUGCACGGAGGACUCCUGCCGAGACCCCUGGGCCCAGCUGCACCCCGCAGGCGCUGUGCAAAACAUCGUCGACGCCCUGGACAAGUCGUUCGACAAGUUCUACGCAAACCAGCCCCGGGUUUCCUUCACGGAGUGCUCGCUGGGAUAUCAUAUCUGGGCCGAGGGGCCGCAGAAGUUCAACGUCUAUGGGGAGAAACCAAACCGUGUUGGUGCGCGGGAUAGUGAUGAUAAGGGCUUGUCGAGUCAUACUGUGAGCUUUUCGGAUAUCACGCUUUUCGCGAGUAUCACAGUGGCCGUUAUGAGCAAGAAGAGGAAAUGGGCUGGAAAACCCUUCACUUACGCCAGCGAUUUCGUAUACCGGUUUACUGGAAGGGAUGUCUUCCCCCCUCCUUUUAACCACGAGCAAAGACCAUAUCCAAGCACGCUCAUAGGAAACAACGGGCCGGCUUCAGACGAUAUGCUGCCUGAUCAAACCACUGGUGCUAUAGACGCGUCUUCGAACGAAAAUGACACAUCAAUAUCCGACCGAGAAACCGAGGGCUGGACGCUACCUUCUAUGCCGCGCCGAAGCGAUAGCGCCAUUGAUCUCGGCGAUUUCAUGCAUCCCACGCCGUUUGGAGAUGGUGGUGCCGGUGCCGGUGCCGGUGUCCAGGCUGGUAGCGCAUCAGUCACUCCAACGUUCCCACACGGUGUUCAUUUGCCACCUGGGGGUGGGAAUCCUGCAACAGUCGGGGUGCCGUCGAGUAAUGUUGAUACUGGAGACACCGGGCAGUCGGCACAGACUAGACAAGAUGAGCCUGGUGGAAGCUCAGGUGGUACUCCUCCAGACGGAAAAUGUGUCCGUUUCUCGUCGACCAAUGCCUAUAUUGAUUCUAGUUUCACAGCCUCGCAGGGCCCGAGCGGACCUGUGCGAAAAAGUCAGACUCCUAUUCCUGAGCCAUCAGCUGGAUCACCUCUGGACGAGCUCCCUCUAAACGAGCAGGGCCCUGGACAUACGGGAUUCGGCGAUUCCCAAGAAUCAGGUCCGCAUCCGCAUACGGCCAACCCUGUAGACGAGUCUUCCACUUCUGGCAACAAUACCGUGUUAUCUUCGGGGAUCGGUGCUGGCCCAGGCGCUCGGUCAGAAGAACCUCCAGGGAACCCUUGUGACGAUGACGCGGCGGAAACCCCAUCUGGGACCGGAGGUUCGGACCAGGGGGGUCAGGGACCUCCGCCAGGCGAGGGAGCAUCGGGACAACCUGGCAAUUCUCGACGAGAGGGCGAGGGUGGGCCAAGUGGCGAUGGACGACAUGAUGGAGAAAGACGACAAGGCGAUAAACCACAGCAUCCGACUGCAGGUGAAGGCAGCUCGCGGCAGUCCCCUACCACGAAAUACCCAAUUUUUCAUCCUCAGGUGAUAUCCGACCAAGCGCACCCAUCGCUAUUCCUCAAAGGAACACCCAGAGCUCAUGCAACGCUUGCUUACACCUCUGCUGGCGUGACGGCACGAAUUCGGAUAUCCAAGGACAACGUUCCUUUCGUUUUCCCUGAUGAGACGCUGUCGCGCUUCAACGAUUCACGAAAACCAGAAGAGCUGGAUUGGUCGGAGCUGUCGGGGAUCCAUCUAAGGCCAGGAAGGGAUCAGGAUGCGGGUAUUAUGAAUCUAAACGGCCUGCUGGAGUCGUUAUGCUUUGAGGGGUGCCUGCAUAGAAAGGUGUAUCUGGAAAUUAAGUCACGGCGUCCGGCCGCAAGAGUUGCCGAAGCUAUCUCGAGCGUGGUGCACAAAACUUCGCAGCCUGAAAUGUGGAGAGCCCGUAUAGUUAUUUUCAUACCGGACGAAAUCGAUCGCGUUGUCUUCGGGAUGUAUUUUGCCGGGUACAGGCUUGUGCUAAACUGCAAGGGAGAUCUGAAACUGGCGGAAAGGGUUUAUAGCCCUCACCAUCUCCUGCAGUUCAAAUUCAACUCUGAGGUCCUCGCUGCCAAAGGCUGGUCGGCGUUCAUGGACAACGCAAGAAGAGAAGGUAGAGACGUGUACGUUGAGGCUGACAGCACGGACGAUAUGAAAUUGUGCAUCCGAGCUGGGGUUACAGGGAUAGUGACUGACCACACUCGAGUGCUUGACGGGCUAUGCUGGGAAUCCAUAAACGCCAACCCAGACUGGAUGAAUCCGAAGCGAAGGCGAAGGUUCUGGCCAAACUCUAAACUUCGAGGCUAA